AUGAAGAAGAGUAUGUUAAAGAAGGAGCAAAAACAGUCUUCUGAAAUAACAGCGGGGGGAGGGGCGGCCGGGCCGGGCCGGGGGCGCCGGGGGCGGCGGGCCGCGCGGGGGGGCCCGGGCUCGGUGCUCACGCCGGCCCGCCGCCCCCAGGACGUGUUCCUCAUGAUCCGGCGUCACAAGACCACCAUCUUCACGGACGCCAAGGAGUCGAGCACCGUGUUCGAGUUGAAGCGCAUCGUCGAGGGCAUCCUCAAGCGGCCGCCCGACGAGCAGCGGCUGUACAAGGACGACCAGCUUCUGGAUGAUGGCAAGACCCUGGGCGAAUGCGGCUUCACCAGUCAGACGGCACGGCCGCAGGCUCCAGCCACAGUGGGACUGGCCUUCCGGGCAGAUGACGCUUUCGAAGCUCUGCGUAUCGAGCCCUUCUCCAGCCCCCCGGAGCUGCCUGAUGUCAUGAAGCCGCAGGACUCAGGGAGCAGCGCCAAUGAACAGGCUGUGCAGUGAGGGUCUUGGGCCCACCCCUCCGGAAGCCCAUUCCCCCCAAUAAAAGAGAUUUGGGUGUCAAA